AUGAAACAAUUAGUGUGGCGCACCAUUGUUGUUGUGAUGAGAGAAUUAUUAUGGCGUUGCGUAUGGAACAAAGUUGAUUGGAGAAAACUGCUGUUCCUUGGUGUGGUAAUGACAAUAGUUGGAAUUUUGGUUCCCACUUUUGCAUUUCCUCAUGCAGUGAAUAUGGGGUUUCUUUCUCCACCUCUAGCUGGUUCAUCAUACAUGCCUUGGAAUGGUAGUGUGCAGUUAAGAGAAGCUGUUACUGAAGCAAGAGUUCAACAAUUUCCUCCUCUCUCUGCUUCUUCAGUUCUUUCUCUGAAUACAAUAGUGCCAUCUAGGAAUAAAAGAGCCACGGCCACUCAAAGGAAAAAAUCUGUUUUAAAAAGGAGAAAGAAGAAGAGUAAGGAAAAUGAUGAGUUAAAGGUGUUUCUUCCUCCUCCUCGUAGUCCUAUACCUCCUCGCAUGCAGAGACACAUUCGGUCCUUGUCAUCGAAUGAUGCACUUUUAUAUGCUAAAAAGGAGAUUGAGCGUGCCCCAGUGGUUACUGACGAUCCUUAUCUGAGUGCCUCUAUAUUUCGGAACAUUUCUGUUUUCAAGAGGAGCUAUGAGUUGAUGGAAAUGAUACUUAAAGUUUACAUCUACCCAGAUGGAGAUAGGCCCAUCUUUCAUGAACCACAUCUCUAUGGAAUCUAUGCUUCUGAAGGAUGGUUUAUGAAGUUUAUGGAGGCAAGCAGGGAGUUUGUCACUAGGGAUCCAGAAAAGGCUCAUUUAUUUUAUCUUCCAUACAGCGCACGCCAGCUGGAGUUAGCACUUUAUGUGCCUAAUUCACAUAAUUUGAGACCAUUGUCCAUCUUUAUGCGAGACUAUGCAAACAUGAUUGCUGCAAAGUAUCCAUUUUGGAACCGCACACAUGGAUUGGAUCAUUUUCUUGUUGCGUGCCAUGACUGGGGACCUUACACCUUGACAAUGCACAAGGAACUAACCAAAAACACCAUAAAAGCUUUAUGCAAUGCAGACGUAUCUGAAGGUAUUUUUACUGCUGGCCAGGAUGUUUCCCUGCCUGAAACUACCAUAAGGACUCCCAAAAGACCUCUAAGAAAUGUUGGUGGUGGGGUAAGGGUAUCACAGCGCCCAAUCCUUGCCUUCUUUGCUGGAAAUAUGCAUGGUAGGGUCCGACCGAAACUCCUGAAGUACUGGCACAACAAAGAUGAUGACAUGAAAAUAUAUGGGCCACUACCCAUUGGUGUAUCUCGAAAGAUGACUUAUGUUCAACACAUGAAAUCUAGCAAGUAUUGUCUAUGUCCAAAGGGCUAUGAAGUUAACAGCCCUCGGAUCGUCGAGGCUAUUUAUUACGAGUGUGUUCCAGUCAUCAUUGCUGACAAUUUUGUUCUUCCUUUCAGUGAAAUUUUGGAUUGGAAUGCCUUCUCUGUUGUUGUAGCUGAGAAGGAUAUCCCAGAACUGAAGGAGAUUCUUUUGGCUAUCCCAUUGAGAAGAUAUCUUACAAUGCUGGCUAAUUUGAAGAUGGUGCAAAAGCAUUUUCUUUGGAACCCAAGACCACUCAGAUAUGAUUUGUUCCACAUGAUUCUGCAUUCCAUUUGGUUUAGCCGGUUGAACCAGAUUCAAAUCCCACAAUCACAGUAA